UUCAAAGUGUCAAAAUCAAGACACUAAAUUGUGUCGUCAAAAAUUAUGUGUUCAAAUGAAUGUUCUCGCAGCCAAUUUUCAUGGACACACGAGAAACCAGUCGUAUUUCUAAUAUCCCAGUGGCAAAAAGAACCAAAACUCAGCUGCGUAUAUUUCCUCUAUCGUUGGAUUCUUGCUGUUUUUUUUGUGGCAAUUUUGAUAAUGAAUUUUAUCGAACCGGUAACUACUGAAUCUCUUACUUUAAUUUUUGGUGGAAUAUACGCCGUAUCUGGUGCUUUGACGAUAACUAUAGCUUUCAAUUCACCUGAAAGAGAAGAAUCAAAAGGCAGAAUUUACAAAACCUAUUGGAUGUUUCAGGAAUUCGUAGCCAGUUUUUUCUUUGUAUCCACUUUAACGUUUUGGAGUUUCCUUUACGAUCCAAAGUUAUAUGGUUGUCGUAUUUUGCGAAUUCUUACACAUGGUGUCAGUGUUUUGGUAACGACAUUUGAUUGGUUCGUAGUAGCGCAUCCAAUUCGGUUAUUGCAUUUCGUAACCGUAACCAUUACGUAUGCAGUAGCUCAUCUUAUCAUGGGUCUCACCUCAUAUUAUACUACGAUUGAUAUGGAUGAUUCACUUACAGACACCAUUUUCUCACACGCUUUGAAAUGGGAAAAACCUGGAAUGGCCGCUUUAAUGAUGAUUGGAGCCACAGUGUUUUCUGCGAUUGUACAUUGUCUUUACUGGGGCUUAUAUAAGCUCAGGGUGUGGCUACAUCACAAGUGCUAUGAAAAAGAAGCUUUGGAGGAAACCCCAACUAAUGCAUAAGAUGUACAAAGAUUCAAUAAAUUAUCCCAACUUGGA